AUGUCCGACGUUGUCAAUUCACUGCACGCGGCUGCAACCAAAAACCUGAAUUCACGCCUGGCUAGCUGGUUCUCAGCUCCAAAUUCAUCUUCAUUCCUGAAUACUGCGCAGACUAAGCGGCAGCAAGACACUGGAACCUGGCUUUUGGAAAGCCCUAUCUUCCUCGGCUGGAAAGGUGCACCCCAUUCUUUCCUUAGGCUGCAUGGUAAAGCAGGUUGCGGAAAGACUAUCCUGGGCUCUACUGUGCUUUGUUCUCUGCUCGAUGAUAGUAAUAGCAACGAAAUGGUUGCGUGUUUCUACUUCGACUUCCAGAAAAGCAACUAUUUCAAAACUUUCUGA